AGAGCCCGGCUCACGUCCUUCGUCACUGAUGAAUGGAGCAGCAUCCAGGCUGCAUCUUCCCGCUCUUGGAUAUAUCGCACGAGGGGAGAAGCAGGACCAUCAGCGGCCAUGAAGAGACGACAGAGAACCCCUCAGGAUGAAGACAACCUACAGCUCGACUCCAACCGGCCUUCGCCCUCACCGCCUCCUCCCGACUCGGUCAUGACACCCUCCACAUCCGCGUCCGCUCUCCUGGCGCUGGCCUCCCCGGCAACCCGUCGCUCCAUCUCCAUGGGCGACUUCCGGAGGGUGACGGGAGCGCUGCUCGCCGCCUCCGAGCCGGGGUCCGCCUCGGCCACAGCCCCUUCCUCCAGGAUGGUCACGCCGAGCUCCAGCAUGGAGUUCGAGGCCGCUCGUCGGCGCCUACUAGAGGUGGAGGAGCGCCAGCGUGUCAUCAGGGAGAUGGAGCGGCGCCUGGAGGAGCUCCGCAAGGUGUUCGUGCACUCCGAGCAGGAGGUGGUGCUGCACGGGGAGCUGCUCGCCAGGAUGUCCGGCGCCUCGCAGCAGGGGGAGAUCUACGUGGCUGAGGGGAGCCAGCGCUUAAAGAAGGGCCUCAAGUUCAAGAAGCACAGGCCCACCAUCAUCUUCUCCUCCAUGCUUGGACUGAGAACAUGCCUGCCUUGGCCUGUGAAGCUCAAGUAGACCUCUUUUUUUUGUUUACUACCGAAACGCUUCCACCGUCUUUUAUCUCGCUCUCAUCACUUCAUUUUUGUUUGCACUUCUACCCUGAGGCUGGUCCUUUCAGGUCUUAAUAUUCAGAAGAUGCUAUUGCCGGUUGUCAUGGAAACCGUGCUGCUUUUCAAGUAUGGACCUCGGCAAGAGAAUUGGUAAUGGCUGCCUGAACGUUGCUGCAUGGAUGAGUCACGUAUGAAGUGAGUCACGCUUCACGUAGAGUAGGACAAUGACAUUUUUAGGAUGUAUCAAAAGAUCAGUCAGAGAGAAAGCGCCAGGAUGCGGAGAAAAUGUGCCUUGACGUCUCUCUGUGAGUCGUUUGCUAAAACGCUCUUUUUUGGGGGGAGGCACGAAAGACCAGGAUGAUUCCACCUGUGGCCUCCUGUCUCCUAGCAACCACUGUUUGCGCUCUCUCUCUGCUCUAUCCACACAAAACGUAUCCAACAAAGAGACAAACAAGAAUCAAGGUGAUACUGUAGAUGCGCAAUGCAUUUAUUCCAUACCUAUUGUUGGCACUUAGUAGACGGAAGAUAAUCUAUCUAAAAAAAA